AUGCACUCACAACAACAACAACAAAAUCCUCCACAUUCCCACUCAUUUACGGCAGCACUCAAUUCGGCGGCUGUUUCCGGUAUUGGACUUGCUAAUAACAAUCUUCCUCCUCUCGCAACAUCAACAACAAUCCCUUCUUCUUUAGCCAUUGAUUCAUCAUUUUCAUCCUCUGGUAGCGAAUCUCCCUCAUUGUCAUUACAAACUUGGACGGCCGAUGAUUCUCUAAGUACAAUAGAAAAUCAGAGAAUUAUGCAAAUGGCUGCUGGAACGGAUACGGCCUCUACUUUGGGUGUAAAUGAUGGACCUAUAAAUUUACAAAUUUUUGUUCCCGAACUUCAAAUGCAGAAAUGUUUGUCAGUGCCAUUAGAUGAAUUUGUUUGGGAUAUAAAACAGCGUUUAUUUGAAUCAUUACCUCAACAAUUAAAUCAGUAUUUUAAUUAUGGACUUUUUCUUCCUCCCUGUGACGGCAGGGCUGGCAAAUUUUUGUUAGAUGAUAGACCUUUACGUGAUUAUCCUUUUCAUGAUUGUGCUCCUUAUGUUGAGUUAAAAUUCAAGAAAAGAGUUUAUAAAAUGUUACGAUUAGAUGAAAAAACACUUCGUUCUGUUCAUUCAAAAAGUAAUUUACGUAAAUUCUCUGAGGCUGUACAAAAUAAAAAUAUUCAAAAAUUGGAUCGUUUAUGUCAACAAGGAUUGGAUCCAAACUUCCACGAUUCUCAUGGAGAAACUCCUCUUACUUUGGCUUCUGGUAUUCCAGGAAGUCAGCAAGUAAUUGUUCAGUUGGUUGGUGGUGGUGCUCAUUUAGAUUUUAGAAAUACUGAGGGGCAGACAGGAAUGCAUAAAGCAGCAUUUCUCUCUGUUGCUGAAAAUGUUCGUGUUUUGCUUGAAUUGGGUGCUUCUCCAAAUUAUAAAGAUUUAAUUGGAUUAACUCCUCUUUAUUAUAAUAUGCUUAAUGCUGAAUCUAAUGCAGAAGUGACAGAAAUGUUGUUAGCUGAGGCAGCUGAUUUAGAUAUUGCUUGUAAAAACGGACUUUGUAAACAUACAGAACAAUUAAUUUAUUAUGGGGCAAAUAUAGAUGCCCGUAAUAUUAACGGGAAUACUCCCCUUCACGUUUGUGCAGUCAAUGGACGUGUUGAAUGUGCUCAAUUAUUGUUAUAUAGAGGUGCUGAUCCUUCUUUAAUUAAUGGAAAUAAUCAAACUGCUGUACAAGUUGCCCAAAUUGUUGGGAAUAUGGCUGUAGCUAAUGUUAUUCUUGGUCAUUCCCCUCAAAGUGUUGGUAAGGGAAAAUUUUUUUAUUUUUAA